GAACCAGCAAAGUUAGUUGAAGGAAUAAGCACCAAUCUGAAGUCCGCGUGGAAUUAUUUAAACCAGAAUUGUGGCGAUCCUAGGAUUGUGUCUGAUGUUAUUACAUCCGAUAUCAAGGGAUAUAAUGCUAUACAGACAGGCAAAGUCCACCGAUUUUGUGAUUUAGUUAAUCUCGUGGCAAUGAGAUUGUUGAGUGCAGCUUUAACUUCGUCAAAUGCUUGUCUAACUUCCAGUGGCUGGCGACUAGAAUCCUGAAGCAUUCUUGCAGCGUUGAGGGAUCGGCUGAACGCGGACUUCGCUGCUCAACGCGACUCAUUGAUUCCUCACCAGCAAUACUGCUUCAGUUUUCAAAGAUCUUCAGAUGA